CCAGUCGAAACAUUGUAACGCAAAGAACAAGAACGCAUUGUGAGUUCCUGGUUAAUGGUGAAGUGUUUCAGCUAUGUAUAUAUAUUAUAGAUAAAUAAAUUAUAAGUCAUCUUUAUCGCCUUGAUAGUGUGUUUGAUAACGGCCUGUCACAAUGACACAUUUGGAACAUGUGAACUUUGCAUUAUAAAGAAGUAAUUGAGUUAUUAACACUGAAUACGAGAUAUGAUUUUGCAACCGCGUUGUUGUUCUGAGUGAUGAAGUUCUAUUGGGUUGUGUUGUGGUCCCUGUGGGCCGCUCGUUUAGUUCAGCAACCGACACCACUGGUUCAUGUGACCGGUGGAUGGUUGCGUGGUGUUCUUGCGCCUGAUGGCUCCCACAAGCGAUACCUGGCGAUUCCUUACGCCAGGCAUCCUAUCAAACGAUUUCAGGGACCUGAUGUGAACCUGAAUUGGGACGGUGUUUUUGAAGCGAUAGAAGAAAAUGUACGUUGUUUUCAGAGAAUUGGCGAAAGUCUCGUUGUAGGACAAAAGAAUUGUCUCACUUUAAACAUUUAUACUCCAUUAGAUGCAUCACACAAUUCUAGAUAUCCUGUUAUGGUAUUUUUCCAUGGUGGGGGAUUUUACGAUGGGUCAGCAACACCUUAUAUGUAUGGUCCAGAUUAUAUCGUUAGCAAAGGCGUAAUAUUAGUGACGGUAAAUUAUAGAUUAAAUAUUCAAGGUUUUGGCUGUCUCAGAAUCAAAGAAGCGCCAGGUAACGCUGGGCUGAAGGAUCAAGUAGCUGCCCUGAAAUGGAUUCAGAACAACAUUAAGGCCUUUGGUGGUGAUAGUGAUAAUGUCACAAUAUUUGGAGAAAGCGCUGGCGCAGCAUCUGUAUCUCUUCAUAUUGUAUCGCCAAUGUCCAAAGGAUUGUUUCACAGGGCCAUCAUGCAGAGCGGAUCUUCUUUAAGUUCUUGGGUUCUGCAAUUUAAACCAGUCUACAUGGCCAGUUUAAUAACAAAAGUAAUGGGACACUUAACGGAAGAUGCUCAGGAAUUAUACAAAAUAUUAUUGAAUAAAUCUGAUUCAGAGCUUAUCGUGACUAGGGUGCCUAGGAAAGAGGGAAAUAUUAUAAUAUCUGAAUGCCUUUAUACACCCUGUAUUGAAAAACAAUUUGAAGGUAUAGAACCAUUCUUAACCGCUGUUCCUUAUAACGUACUAACCAAAGGUCAUUAUAAUAAGGUGCCCAUAAUGAUAGGUUCCAAUAUUGAAGAAGGUUUACUUUUUGCUAGUCUGGAAAAUGAUACAACAAUUCCAAAUAUAAAAUUAGAAAAAUCACUGCCAAAAGACUUAUCGAUACCUUUAGAAUCGGAACGGAAAAAAAUCGGAGAUAAGCUUAGGAAUUAUUAUAUUGGCGAUGAGGAAAUAUCUAAAAGAACUUUAGCAAAUUUAUCACGUUUCCAUGGAGAAGUAUACUUUACGUAUCCAAUCUUAGAAGAAACUGAAAUUUAUCUCAACACUAAUGAUAAGCCUGUAUACAGCUACCUCUUUAAAUAUAGCGGAUGGCGCAAUUUAAUUAAAUUAGCUAUUGGUAAGACCUUUGAAUCCAAGAAAGGGGCGACUCACGCUGAAGAUUUGUUCUACUUGUUCCGAGUGAUGGGUCUUCCUACUCUUUUUGAAGAUAAAAUGAUAAAUAGAAUGACAACUUUAUGGACAAACUUUGCCAAAUUUGGGGAUCCAACGCCAGCAGUGAGUGAGUUGGUGCCGUUACGUUGGCCCGCGGCGACACUCUCCUCUCCGGUCUCCUUCGUCAUCGAUGAGGAAUUCUCCAUCUCUCACCUCUGGUACACCGACUCUUUGAAAUACCUUCGAGACGUAUACACGAAGUAUAGACGAAAACGGGAUUAGAUCCUGCUCUCAUUAGGAACUAUUGUAAUGUAAAUCAUAAAGAAUAGUUUAAUCUAAAAACGUGGAGGUAUUUAUCAGCUCUGUUAAGGAUGACAUGAAAUAAAAAUAUUUAUACCAUU